UCAAACUUGCUUGGCUCAAACCUUAACCUCUUCGAUAUAAAAUCAUCGUACCGUCUAUAACAAAUAAUACUUUAUACAUCUAUAUUAUUUAUUUAAUCGAAUUUAAAAGUACAAAAGUAAUAACAAUAAUUCAAUAAUAUGUCUGUCAAUGCAACAAUAAACAGUGGAGAUUCGCGGUUAGAUUCGCCGGAGUCCGAUUUGAUUUGUCUGGAUCGUGUCAAAACCGAAAUACCUGUGAUCGGCUUGGGUUGCGAAUACUUCACGAGGCUCAUUGCCAGUCUCAAGGAGUCCUCCGCUGUUGUCGAAUGGAGUUUGAACAAAGCCACCAUUGGCGUGGAUAAUGUUGUCAAAUUUCCGUACGUCAAAGACCAAUUGUUGGCCAUCGACCGGUUGCUGUGUUCGUCGUUGGACUUAACCGAACUUUCAUUACCCGUGUUGACUAGAACGCCACAAGAAAUAUAUGAUGACAGUAUAGAAUACGUGAUUGGAAUAGUAACACCGAUUACCAACUGGGUUGACUCGGAGCUUCUGCCAUCAGCAGAGUAUUAUGUCAAUCAAUAUUUGCCGGAAUUGGAUCCUGAUCAAAAAAUAAAGCUUAUGAAUAGUGAAAAGGGCCCAAGAGCAUGUCAAUUACCCGCGAAGCUUGCUCGUCGCAUCAAACAACACGCUUACGCCGAACCAAAAUAUUUGGGGAGCCUAAUGUACAGUUUAUAUGGAGAAUCAAUUUUGCUGGCGAAAAUAUUUGUUUUUGAACCAAAGUUGUUGCCAAAGACGUUUUGUCAGAUCUGGAAGAAACUCGGCGAUGGCGUGACACCAGUUGAGGUAGCUAAUAGCUUAUUGUUGGUGGAAAUGGGCUGUUUACGACUUAGAGAAGGUGCAUCUUUACUUAUCAAGAUGGUAGAAAUCACUGAGCAAAUGGCCAAGUAUUACAUUGAAAUGUUUAUACGAUAUGUGUACGAAAAAAAAAUUCAUGUGGUCAACAACCUAUCGAAUGUAGUACAUCCUGAAAUGAAAAAACAGAAAAAAAAUUCGGAAACCUAUAUGUCUCAGCCUGAAAACGUGGAAACUAAAACAAUAAAUGAGAAUACAAACAAUGAUGAACAUUCAAGAUCUCAAAACUUAAUAGAUUAG